UGAAAUAAAAUUUCAAGUGAUUUUCAUGAGAGCUGGCUCUGGAAACGGCCUCUCACGGGUGCCCGUUCAUUGAGUUAAAUUAAUCUUACUCCCAGAAAAAUGAAUCGGCCGGGCGUAAAAUCCACUGACUAGCCCUUGCUUCUGCGUAGGCAUGUAUAGGGUUGUACUGCUAGGUUGCCGUCCCAGGGAACGCUCAGCCGGCAGUGGCCCUCAUGGACAUGAACUGGAUUGCCUCUGGGGAAAUAAACACAGGCGCUGCACACGCGAGCUCUCUUAUACCAAGCUGAAUUUAAGGAGUUAGACCACUGUAGGACUAACCUUUCUGUCAAAAUCCUGAAGAUUGCACUGUUUUGAUAUGUUUCCAUAUACUUAAUUGUGUAACUUUUUCUUUUAGGUUUUGAUUGAAACAUUUUUGAGCCAGACAAGCAAUCGAACUUUAGAUUUUGUCUGCAGUGGAGGCUCGGCUUCUCCGCCAUGAAGGCUGCUAGCAUCGGAGCAAGCAGUCGCCCAGUGCUGCCUCCCAUCAUCCCAGAGACUGAGAAGGAAUUUCUGGAGAGCAUCCAGGAUUAUAUCAUUUCAGAAAUUGAGAAAGUAGGAUGUACUGAGCAAGGGCCAGCUGAGGAGUAUUAUAUAAUAUACAGAAAUGUGUUUGAAAAGAUCAUUGAGCACGUCAACACGUACAAGGGCAUCCUGACUACAAUCAAGCAGGAAUAUGAUGCCUUUAUUGAAGCAAUAAAGAAGGGUCAACGCAAUGCAUUUUAUCUUCAUGGGAAAUUGAAAGUUUUAGCAUGUGAACCUUCAACUCUCAUGUAUUACAAAAAGAGAAUUACUCAACUGGAAGAAAAGAUCAAAAGAAUUGAGAGAAAUUCUGCAAGAAUUGAGAACUUAAUUCAGAAAAUAAGAACUUUAAGACUCACCAUUGCUGCAGAUGGAUCGCAAAACCCAACCAAGAAAGUCAAUCCUGCUCAGAAGAUACCAGGUCUCAACCUGAAAGAUUCCUUCGACAUAAGUGCUCUAUCAAGCCACCUUGCUCACCUACAGCAGAGGACGAAGGAGCUGAAAGAAGACAUGUUGACCAAAUACAUCCCUCUGGAGAACACCGUCAGUGUGGAGAAGGACAUGAAGCGUGCCCUUCACCUGCGGAAUGUGGCUGAGAAAGAGAACGAGAGCCUGAAAUUCUGCUAUUACCGACUAACACAGUUUGCAAAUGUCGUGAAUAUCUGGGAGAAUUCGGACAGAAGUAUCGACACCCUGCAGCAGCUUAUUUUUCAAAUGAUAGAAAAUGAGAAGCUUUCAGAAGGUACAAUUGUCUCCAGCAUAUCCAGCGUAUUUGAACGUGACCCCUCCAAGCGUAAAGAGGCUGAAGAUCUCAUUGAAUACAUUGAAAGGUUCAACGAACUGUUUUCCCGUGGUCAGUACGAGGCUGCAGCAAUAUAUGCUGCCAACUGUCCAAGAGGAAUCCUCUGCAAUGAAGAAGCCCUGGAGAAGUUUAGGGCUGUUGGCCCCAUUAAAGGGAAGACUCUGCCUCUUCUCAUGUACUGCGAAGCUCUUGUCAGCACAGCCAUUGCUGUGGAGCAGCCUCUUCCUACAAAUUUGACCACAGAGGCCAUCAAAUGUGCCCUGAGUGAAAAACGGCUGGACCUGGUAAUGCACUGGGUCACCCUGCACAGACUGGAGUUCUCUGAGGCGGCUGGCGAUGCGAUUUACAAGUAUGCGGAGGUGGAUAAGCACAACAAGUCGCAGUGCCUGGCUCUGGCUCAGAUCGUCUACGGCGAGUGUGGCGCACACAGAAAAGCUGCCCUGUGCUUAUGCAAGCAGGGCCAGAUCUUUGGAGCCAUGGACUACCUUCACCAGUGCAAGCCCCUUCCCACCGGGGACUACAUCUUCCUGAUAAAGCAUUGUCCUACUGUAGAGCUCAUCCGCCGCCUGACUCAAGAGUGGAAUGGGCAACCAGCCCUUAUGUCCCUGGGGGAAACAGUCCUCUCGUUCAUCCACACGGAAUACCGGAGCUAUUGUCUGCGGUUGCUGGAGGAACUUGCCAACCAGGGCAAAGACGUCUUGGAACGGAUGAUUGUGAACGAUUCAGUCUGCUCUGUGGAGGGGUGGAAGGACAUUGCUGAAACAUGCCUGCAGACCAGGAGGGAGAAGCUAGCCAGACUUCUCAUCUCAGUCCUUGCUGCACAGGAAGGCGUAGUUGAGCUGCCUCUAGAUGAUCACGAGGAUGCAAAGUUAAUGGAGCACAUCUUCAUGUAAUUCCUGGGCAGAGCGCUUGGGGGAACUCUUUGUCCUUGAACACCAAGGCAAGCCUGUGCAUAUUUUUCCUGUUUAAAAUCCUUAAUGCACUUAAUACCUCUGUGCCUAAUUUAGCUGUGAGAGAUUUCUAUUCACACAAUCUUACCGUUCUGCAAAAACUGCAUGUUUGUCUUUUUUAUUAAUCAAAAGAAAUGCUGUACUUGCACAGUCAUA